AUGACAAGGCCCACGGCGCAUUCUGUGACCGGACACACUCAAGACCAAUCGCUCCUGCCGCCUCAGUUCAAGGACCACCGCUCUCACUCGACCACGAGUCUGGUGUCCAAGACGCUCCCACCUGGCAGCUUCUCUACCGAACUACGCCCAACCGUCUCGCGCGUCGACAAUGGCCGCAUCGACUUCUCUACCUUUGACUCAGAUCAAUCCGCUGCCACCGUGACAACCGAACAGCGCCUUGCCGACUAUCGCGACAAGAUCGAGAAAGAGACAAAAAUCAAGAUUGGCAGUGAGAACCUGCUCGAGGCUCUCAACACAAAGAAUGCGAAGCAGAGUCGUGACCAGCGUCGUCUGGUCGAGUCGGAGCUCAACACAUCCAAUCGCAAGAUCGCUCAGCUGAAGCUUGACCUCGAAGCUGAACUGCAACGAGCAAAGGAGUCCGUCACAAGUCCUGCCAAUCGUCUCUCUUUCGCUAUACCACAGAGAUCCCCCUCCAAUCUCACCCUGCUACAAAAUGCUGAACCUGAUGACCUGGAUCCUGAAUCAGAAUCGCCGACAUACAUUCUUGCAGAGAUUCUCCAGGCCCUCGAGACCGAGGAUAUGAAGCCAGAUUAUUACGUGAGCCAUGCGAACGAAUUAGUGGGCCUAUUCAAGCGCCAUCCUGCCCUGAAAUAUGAUUUGGCAUGGUCCAUCUUUGGUCUUCGCAUGCAGAUGAUGCUGCUCAGCGAUAGUCGCGAAGUUAUCGCUGCAGGCUACCGCGUCUUACGGCAUGCUAUAACAGAUCGCAAAUCAUUACAGACCAUUCGAGCACAUCAUACAGACUUCCUUGUUAUUUUGUCCUUGGUCAAGGAAGCAAAAGCCAUGGUGGAGCGAGAGCAGGCCUUGAAACUCGUUCGCGCCUUCCUCGACGUCAAAGAUGGUGUCCACGAGGUUGCUCCGUCCGUCGUCCGAAUCAUCGUUGCUAUUGCCGAACAUCCAGAGGAUCGUCUUCGUUCAAUAUCCAUUAUGACUCUUGCCGAAUUGCUCAUACGCAAUCCCGAUCUCGUCGUCGCUGCUGGCGGUAUCGGCACUCUUGCCGACGCUAUGGGCAACGGUGCUUAUCAGGCUCCAGAAACGCUGGCUGCCGUCUUCCUGCAUUUGCUAGACCUACCCGCACGAAGAGGUCUCUUGCGUUCUGGCUUCGAGCUCAGUCUCCCUUUCGCAGCGUUCACCGAACCUCCAACUUCGAGCGCUCAUGAGGAUCGCAUGAGAUCAAGUGCAAAAGUGGUAGCAGCGCUUUUCAAGAGUUGGUCUGGUAUCAUGACAAUAUCCUUGCAUGAUUUCUUGCCAGCUCGUUCUGUGGUCUCCUCCUUAUUGAUUGAUGCUGUGGCGGUAAGGUCAAUCGUUCUCGAGCUUCUAUUCGAUAUUCUUCGUAUCAAGCCACCGUCUUGGUCCUCCUCUUUCUUAGCGGGAAGACGUUUGACCACAUAUGGUCGUGUCACCAAUCUUAAAGCGAAUGACCAUCACAAGCCUUCCAGCAAUGGCCCAGAAGAAGUUUCAAAGAGAAUGAGUCUGAUAGAACACUUCUCUGCGGUUGUUCUAACCAUCCUUUUGCGAGUCGGGUUAUUACCAGCAUUGAUGCACGCUGAGCGUGAUGCACCGAAUCUUGCUCUGAAGCGAAAAACCACAUUACUCAUUGGCGAAGUAUUGAAACUUGCCAAUCAACUACUGCCCAGUGAAUGGAGCGCUGAACUUCAGGUAUUACCGGACCUGUUUCACCAAGCGACAGCUUUCGGCCAAGAUGAACGGUCACAGGCGGUAGCUACAGUAUACCAAGUUGACAGUGUUAACCGCACAUUGUAUCGAUCCGUGGGCGGAGGCCCGGGUGUCAAGUCUACCCGGGCUGACGAGUUUGAGCCCAUUAAGUCUGCAGAGCAACCAAAAGUGCAGAUGAGCGCCAACAUGGACGAAGCACAGUUCAGAGGAUUACUUAUGGAGUGUCAAGUCCUGAACACAGUCAACUAUACCAAAUGGAGAUGGGACUUGAUUCAACCCAUGAUCGAAGGACCACUGACUAACUCACGGAGGUUGGAUGAGGCGAUGAAGGCGACGAAAUUCGUCCACCGUCUAUUGGGAUUCCUUCGGCCGUUCAAGUACAGAUUUUCAGAUGCCAAAAACACGAAGCCAAACCAACGAUAUGUCAGAACUGGCUGUGCGCUCGUCCGUACGCUGCUAUUGACUCCGGAAGGCACCAAGUAUCUGGCAGACAACAAAAUGUUGCGACAGAUUGCAGAGUGCUUGGCUCAGUUCGACCGCAUGAGUGGUAUCACAUCUACAACUCCUCUUUUCUCUCCAGACAGGUUGGCAGAUACGCUGGUAGGUGGAUACUUUGCCAUCCUAGGUGUUCUUUGCAGUGACCAGAAGGGAUUGCAAAUGAUGGAACGAUGGAAAAUCAUCAACAUGUUCUAUCACAUUGUCGAGCUAAGAGGGAGAGAUGAUCUUAUCAUGGCACUACUUACCAAUCUCGACUAUACUCUGGAUAGCCAUCCCCGAAUCAUCCUAUCGAAAGCCAUGAUUUCAGGAUCCAAAGAUGUCCGCAUAGCUGCCACAAGAAUACUACGAAAGUACGCCAUCAGACCACUGGACACCAGUCCCAAGUCAAGUGGCAGUGGAGAGUGCGCUGCAUGGGCAAUCCGACUCUUGGUGACACAGCUUUAUGAUCCAGAGAUCGAAGUCUGCGAGAUUGCAAUCAAGAUUCUCGAAGAAGCUUGUAACGACAACAAUUCGCUCGAGUAUGUCGUGAAGUGCCGACCAGCACUAGAUCAUCUCGGCGAAAUCGGUGCACCUCUUUUACUCCGCUUCCUUUCAACUUCAGUUGGCUACCACUACCUCGAUGGCCUGGACUAUAUCACAAAGGAAAUGGACGACUGGUUCCUUGGCCGCAACGACACUUACGUGACUUUAGUCGAAGCCUCGCUCGCUCGCGCCCUAGCCGAUAUUCCUGAGAAGGCAGUCUCGAUGUUUGAAGAAACACCCGAACCCCAAGACUUCGGCCUUGUGCCUCCACACUUCUACCGCGAACUAACACGUACAGCAGAAGGCUGCGAGUUACUAAGCACCAAAGGACACUUCGAAGAGUUUGUAGCUACGAUUCAAGAUUUCGGCAUGGAAGAGGAAGAUGCAGAGACGAUUGUCAAAGUCAAGGGAUGUCUUUGGGCAGUGGGUAAUGUAGGGUCCAUGGAGCUGGGCGCGCCAUUCCUCGAGCAAUCAGAUGUUACACAGCACAUUAUCGAGAUUGCUGAAAAGUCCGAGGUCUUAACAUUAAGAGGCACUGCUUUCUUUGUUCUCGGCCUGAUCUCUAGAUCUCUGCACGGACAAGAGAUUCUGGCGAGUCAUCAUUGGAACGGCACGGUGAAUAUGCUGGGAGAGUCGCUGGGAUAUUGCUUACCUCUUGACUUUACCAAGCUUUUCAAUAGGAGUGUGUUGAGGAAACUUGUGCUUGAGGAGGAAGAUGAGAGUGAUGAAGAUGAAGAGGAAGAGAGUGAGGAUGAGGGGAAGGGCAAUGGAUUCGAAGGUGCGUUCGGGGGUGGUGUUGGUGGGGUUUAG